AUGACGCAACACGAUUGCCACUGCGGUAAGACGUUUCUUCGCAAGGAACACCUCAAGCGCCACCAGGCAACGCACGAGAACCGCAGUUUCACAUGCACAAUAUGCAACACGUCGUUUACCAGAAACGAUAUCCUGCGCCGGCACAUGGCCAGGCACGAUGCCCACGCAGUAGUCCCGAACUCGCGGCGCGUCAGAGCCUGCGAUGCAUGCCACGCCAGCAAAACCAAGUGCGACGGCGGCAAGAAGUGCUCGUUAUGUGCAAAACGUGGCAUUGAGUGCACGUAUUGUCUUGCUGCCACCAAUAAAUUUUUCACAGCGGGUGCUAAAGAUGCCGCUAGAGUGCCGGCGAACGUACGCAACCAUGCCGCUGUUCGCGGUCUGUCGCAGUUUACACAGCUCAUUUCGUCAAAGGCAUUACUUGACGACUAUGAAGUACCAGAAAACGACCAAACUUGGAUCGACCAAGGUUUGCAAACAUAUGAACUCGAUUUCCACCACAAAUGGCCGCUUAUGCACGCACCAACUUUUUACCUUCAACCUCCACCACUCGGAAUCACAGCCACUGUUGUUAUGAUUGCCUCCUGGUUACAUUCGCCGGAUAUUCGACCUGUUGUGAUAACUUUGCAUCGCCAAUUAAUGGAUACACUGUUUAUAGAUCUAACCAAAUCGAUUCCAAUCAAGGGAGUUGAGAGUUGGCCAACCGACCUAUACCAAAUAGCAAUUCUCAAUAUUGUUUUUGCCAUGUAUUUGGGUGAUGGUGAUCUGAUCUCUCGAGCAGGACUUCUCAAAGGCCUAUUAAUCACGGCAAUGCGCCAAAUUGGGUAUUUUAACCGGGACAACUUUGAAGACGACCGUCUCACACACUUUCCAGGAGAGUUUGCACCUUACAAACUCAGCAUGAUUGAACGUUGGAAACGUACAAUUUCUGUAUUAUUCAAAGCAGAUGCGUACAUGUCACUACUAUCCUUUCAAGCACCCCAGUUGCAGGCCAACGAACUGCAAGUCGCUAUCCCCUCCACCUGGACGCUUUGGAAUGCGCAUGGAAUGGACGUUUGGUUUAACCGCCAUGCGAAAGAGCCAGAUCGAUCAUUGCUUACGUCUAGCUUUGGUCUACAACAGAUACACUCCAUAAGUCCAGAGGGGGUCCUUGUUGAAGACGCACAUAUUGGAUUAUGUAGCCUCUACAACGAUAUCUGGCAGCGCCAGAAUGCGCAAUCGGACUCUUCUACCAACUUUAUUCUCCCUUUCCAACUAUCAUCGCAAGUAAUUGAACAUACUUUGCAAAUAUUGGACACUAUUAAUACCAGCAACGCAAACGACCAGAGCGCAUUAAGACUCAAGCAGCUUCUCUCGCUCUAUCUCGCUCGACCUGCGACAAAGGAGUCAGACGAUUGGAAAGCCGCCGCCAGCCAGGUCCGAAGCUAUAUUGCAGAGUCAAACAUUUUCUCACACAUCUUACAUUUGUUUAUAUUUUCUGAUAUUCAAGCGAUGAACACUAAAGUUGAUUUGGAUAGCGGCCUACUUUCAGAAUACCAGCGCAAUCUCGAAAAGGUCCAAAGUAUCAGCGGUAAAUUGCAGCAGUGGGCGAACAUAUCGACAGAUGGCCCAGCGACGCGAAAUGCGCUAGAAAUUGUCAAACUAGCUGAGCUCAAUGUGCGACGAGAUGCUACAAGUCCUGGACCAGAUCCGCUAGCAGACUUUGCCAUUGUGAUGAGUGCGCUCGUCAUAUUUACUUGGCUGGCGCACACUCAGCGCCCAUGCACCUGCGCAGCUGACAUGCCGGCUUCUCUAAAUGAUCAUAUGCCUCUCUGUAUAUGUUCUAUAACUAGAUGGAAACACCGAUUUGAAGAGCUGGCGAAUUCGUGCACCAGGCAGGACAUGUCGAAACGCCUUACCGAAAUACUCCAGCUAAGCGCGCACAAUGGCGCAUCAGUGGAAGUGGACUUGAUGCAGAGCUCUGUUUUUACGUAA